UCCGCCAUACAGAUACAGCAGCAGCAGCAUGAACGUCGGCAGUGAUAUCGCACAGCUGUCCUACAAGGAGCUGCAGGCUCUGGCCCUGAGGUACCGCGUACCGGGUAACAUCAAGAAGAAAGUGCUGGUCAAAGUUCUGCAAGCCGCUAGAAGCGGAAAUGAUGCAGAGUUUUGCCGGUUGCUACAAGAGCUGAGGAAGAAUCGCAAGAGAAAGACGAGAAAGUCAAAGGACUCGAAACUUGGGAUAACAUCGACACCGUUGCACAGUCCUGACUAUAUAAUGGCUGAUAACGACUAUUAUUGUCAGCAACAACAGCAGCCGCAACAACAAUCGCCUUAUCAGUGGAUCGGUGCCGAGGAGGAAAUAGUGAGUAAGGAAGAUGAUACAAAGAUCCCGCACUAUGAGGAGUUUAAGCAGUUCCUGCUCAAGAGGAUUCAACGGGAAUUCCAAGCAUGUGACAACAACAAUAAUCAGAUGGAAGAUCUGAAUAUUGUAGAUCUACGGGCAACGCCAAUGUCGCCCAAUCUUCAAACGAUCCCUCUUAUCGAGCCGAGCUAUCCGAAAGUGAAUCUAGUCAAUGACAUGGAUCCUCUUGCGAUCUCAUCGACUGAUAGAUCGAGUUACCAAGUACUGAAGGAACCUGAGGGAGGCUCGCAGGGGUCGUUUUUGUUGAAGAGAAUGCUACAAGCACCAGUAGGCGCCAAUCUAGGUGAGAUUGCCAGCUCUCUUUUUUGGGCUAGCAACUUACUAGAUAAUUCUGACACUUUAACCGCCGAGUCAGAGAACAACGAGAAUGAGGAUCAGCUGGACGCAAAUUCCAAUGAGUAUUACAACUUGCUAAAGAAUUCUAGGGGCGAGUUUUUACUAAACGAAGCAAACUUGGUGCCUCAGCAAGUUUCGAGUGUGUUAACUGGUGACAAUCAGUACAGGUUUCCCAGUGACAUAGACAAUCGGCCCAAUUCUUACCAGAACUGGACAAUCACUAGCGUGGAAGUGCCUGACGGCGAUCUGCAGUCCUCUAACUCUCGCGUGUUCCAUGCAAUCUACUACAAUAACACGGAUCCUACUGUGGCUGCCACGAACGCGGACAACAAUCUGACUUAUCAGUACCAAACGGACACCUCUUGCAACAACGGCCAAAACUUCUUCAACUUUGAUGCACAGGACAUCAACUACACAACUGGCACAGACAUAAUGACCAACAACGAUCCCUCUGAUAUUUAUUAUCUGCAAAAUUUUGGCAGACACAAUGGGGAAGUAGACACGGGCUAUUUUCGUAACGUUGACACUUUCGGACAGAAUAAUGUGCAGCAAAAUGUCUAUGCGAAUGAUCAACAGUACGUUUAUCCUCGAUUUACUCAAGAAACAAACAAUCUAUUCAACGAAAGACUCGAGCAACCGCAAAGCAAUCUUAUGGCAGGAUUAGAACAUAAUAUUAAUCAAGAAACUAGUACGGGAAAUUUGCAGAGACCGGCAAAUGGAACAGUGGAAGCAUUCUGGCCAAAGUGGACUUCCGAGUCCAACAAUAAUUUGGAGAAUAUUCUGAAUUAUCAUGAAUCCAAGGAAGUAGAUUACUCCAAAUUAAGUCAAACAUCCUGUGUCUAUUGCUACGUGGCUCCAAUCGUCUCGCAGCGAUCUAGUCUGGCAAUUAACGGCUGUUCGAUUCAACGAAGAUACACUGCCGAACAGCGACAACAUUCUUUUUCGCCCUAUUGGAUGUUAUAUAACGACACAUCGCAAGGUAUGCGAAUGACGAAUGUAUCCAGCAAUCCUCUCGAGCAAUCAAUAUCAACACAUGCUAUCAUCACUAACAACGAUGAUCUGAAAGAGAUCACCAACAACACUCCCAUCAAUGAUGUAUGGAUGAAUCAAUACGAGCCACCGUCCAUCGCCGACGACAUAAACAUCCAGGUUUCAGAUUCGCUUUUUUACAAUGCUGAUCGGAUCGACGAUAUCCCGGACGUGUCGGAUAUAGCAAAGACUUAAAAUUCGCGCGCGAUUUAUUGUUUAUAUAUAGUAAACAAAUAAUUAGAAUAAAGAUUAUUAAGAAUUUAAGAGGUAUGAAUAGCAUUCUCCAAACUGCGGAGUGACGACGAAGGAACUUUUCUCCAGAAUAACCAUCUUCUUCUGUUUCUAAGUCAUGGAAGAGUUUUUGUUAAUAUUCCAGCUUGGAACUGGAACAACCAAAGCCUAUCCGUCAUUUUGUACCGCGUAAUUACGCCUCAAUAAUUAUUUUGUGCGAUUGUUGCGAAAUAUGACAACAUACUCUUCCGUUUUUGCAUCACCGACGAGUGACACGAGCAAUUAUGUCUCUGAUUUGUAACUGGAAU